GAGUUCCAGCCGGCCGUGGGCAGAGCGUGCGUUUUCUCCAGCUCCAGUGUGGGGUUUGCUGCGGAGAGCUUUAUACCCCUGGAUGCUUCUACUGACAUGGAGAAGAUUGAGGACCAGUUUGCUAGCCUGCAUAUUGUUAGGAGGUCCUCGGAACCAAAAGAACCCACUUACCUGCUUGGCAUAGACACGUCAAAGACUGUACAAGCAGACAAAGGAGGCUUGGUGGCUGUUCUGUGCUCAAAUGGGUCGAUAAGAAUAUAUGAUAAGGAGACACUACAUCUGCUACGAGAAUUUGGUGGCUCUCCCGGGCUUCUUAGUGGAGUCAGCUUUGCAAAUUCCUGUGACAGUGUCUACUCUGCAAGCACAGAUGGCACCGUGAAGUGUUGGGACGCUCGGGGAGCUAGCGAAAAGCCUGUGCAGUUGUUCAAGGGUUACCCUUCCUGUAGUUUCAUCAGCUUUGAUGUCAACUGCAAAGAUCAUGUCAUUUGUGCUGGUGCAGAGAAAGUUGACGAGGAUGCAUUGUUGGUAUUUUGGGAUGCAAGGUUCACAUCUCAGGAUCUGUCGACGAGAGACCCACUUGGUGCCUACUCAGAGACGCACAGUGAUGAUAUCACUCAAGUGCGUUUCCAUCCCAGCAAUCCCAACUUGGUUGUCUCAGGGUCCACUGAUGGUCUGGUCAAUGUGUUUGAUCUCAGUGCUGAUAAGGAAGAGGACGCACUGGUUGCCACCUGUAACUCCGUUUCAUCAGUGAGCUGUAUCGGUUGGUGUGGAAAAGAUUAUAAGCAAAUCUACUGCAUGACACACGAUGAAGGGUUUUGUUGGUGGGAUCUCAAUCAUCUGGAUACAGAUGAACCGAUCACGUGUUUGAACAUCCAGGAUGUAAGAGAAAUAACCGAUGUGAAAGAUGGGCACUUGGACUAUCUGAUUGGUGGCCUGUAUCAUGAGAAGAUGGACAGACUGUUUGUUAUUGGAGGAACCAACACCGGAAAGAUUCACCUACUGAGCUGCACCUCGGCAGGACUGACCCAUGUGACCAGCCUUCAUGGGGGCCAUGCAGCCACCGUCCGUUCUUUCUGUUGGAACGUGUCUGAGGAUUCUCUGCUGACCGGAGGUGAAGAUGCACAGCUAUUGCUGUGGAAACCUGGAGCUAUGGAGAAGACGUUCACAAAGAAAGACAGCUUGAAAAUUGCAUCCUCCGUGCAGCAGCGAGUUCGAGUCCACAGCAGCGAUUCUUACAAGAAAAGGAAGCAGCAGUGACGUCAUACUGGGAACUGGAAAAGCUCUUCCGGUUUUAAAUCGUCUUUUGCUACCUAGAGCACAUCUUUUUAAAGCUUAUCUGUGAAAGCAGGCAGUUAGCACACAACACCCACCCUGCCCCAGACAAAUACUGAGAAUGGUUUCAUUCAGGUUCAGAUAUAUUCUACAAUAUUUUUAAAGCCUCCAGUUGAGUAUAAAAAUCAGUGACUUGACAGGGGAAUUAUAAGCCACAUUUUGAAACCCAUCAGUGGAGUUAGUAAAUGUUAGGUUUGAAGUAGCCCUGAAGAGGAAUCUUCAGUAGACAGCUGGAGAGGCAAGGGAGCGGGUGGCUGGGUUCUGGGCUUUAAACUCUGCUCCUUACGUUUGAAGUGAUACACUUGGUUAUACAGCAUCAGACUGUUUAGUCGUUUGAAGAGCGUUUGCCUCCUCACUACGCUCACCGCUUCACCUCGGGUCAUCGAAAUCGAAGCGUUCUAGUGAGUCUGAGCAGAAGUUUACUUUUUUAGGAAUAAAGUAUAAUAUUUUCCUAAAAUGAGAAAAAUAUAUUUGAUAAUUACUUGUAUCUGUACUUUUUUUUUAAUUAAUCAGGAGCUAUAUUUAUACUAUAUUUACAUUUGGUUAGCCAGCACCCAGGUACUUUGCUGAUGAAAAAAGAAAUUACCUUACUAGAUUCAUUUUGAGACUUAACAUAAGACAGGCAAAAGAAAAUACAACAGCACGGCUAUUUUUUUCAAAAUGGCCUUUCAGGGGCUGGUGAGAUGGCUCAGUGGGUAAGAGCACCCAACUGCUCUUCCGAAGGUCCAGAGUUCAAAUCCCACAACCACAUGGUGGCUCACAACCAUCUGUAACAAGAUCUGAUGCCCUCUUCUGGAGUGUCUGAAGACAGCGCUACAGUGUACUUACAUAUAAUAAAUAAAUCUUAAAAAAAAAAAAAAAAGAGCUUUUCGCCGCCGGACGCUGCCGAGGUCGCACGCGUGAGGUCUGUCCCCCGCAGCCGACAUGCGCUACGUCGCCUCUUACCUGCUGGCCGCCCUCGGGGGCAACUCCUCUCCUAGCGCCAAAGACAUCAAGAAAAUACUAGGCAGCGUGGGCAUCGAAGCGGACGAUGAUCGGCUCAACAAGGUCAUCAGUGAGCUGAAUGGAAAGAACAUUGAGGAUGUCAUUGCUCAGGGUGUUGGCAAGCUGGCCAGUGUGCCUGCUGGUGGGGCUGUGGCUGUUUCUGCUGCCCCUGGCUCUGCAGCACCUGCUGCUGGUUCUGCCCCCGCUGCAGCAGAGGAGAAGAAAGAUGAGAAGAAGGAGGAGUCCGAGGAGUCGGAUGACGACAUGGGAUUUGGCUUGUUUGAUUAAAUUCCUGCUCCCCUGCAAAUAAAGUCUUUUUAUGUAUCUUGAAAAAAAAAAAAGAAAUGUUUGUUCUUUUAAAAAAAAAUGGCCUUUCAAAAAUAUUAUAUGAUUAAAUAUUCUUUCUUAUCUCCCCCAUCAUUUUACCCUUGAAGCCUUGUUUACUGCCUCUGUGUGUGUGUGUGUGUGUGUGUGUGUGUGUGUGUGUGUGUGUGUGUGUGUGUGUCUGUUUUCUCUUACUCCCCUGUGGGACCCAGGAAUCACAGUCCAGUCCUUAGACUGCACAGCAGCCUCUACCUACCAAGCCACAUUUACUGUUAAUUUUGUCAUUUUUCUUAAAAAACUGUUUUGUAAAGUGCCUUAAUAAAAGAAGUUGAUACUUUUAA